GUCAACCUUUUCUCAUCCUCAUUCAAGAUCAAACUCUUUCACAUAACUUCUCAAUAGUAAGACACAUAUAAAUACAAAUGUCUGAUACUGCUGCUCCUCUUCCAAGUGGGAUCACUGGCACGGGUACAGGUGGUGAUUCCCUAACAGUUGACUUGAAUGUACAAUUCGAUAGAGCCGACAUGGUUUGGGUGGGCACUUCUGCCGUCCUUGUGUGGAUUAUGAUUCCAGGUAUUGGUUUACUUUACUCUGGUCUUUCCCGUAAGAAGCACGCCUUGUCUCUUUUGUGGACGUCGAUGAUGGCGGUUUCCCUCGUUUCAUUCCAGUGGUUCUUUUGGGGGUACUCCUUGGUUUUCUCCCACUCGGGAUCGGUCAUGUUGGGUAGUUUGGACAACUUCUGUUUAAUGAAAGUUUUAGGGCGCCCCUCCAUCUCCGAUACAGUGCCAGAUAUUUUAUACUGCUUGUUCCAGGGUAUGUUUGCCUGUGUGACCGGUAUGUUGAUGGUUGGUGGUGCCUGCGAGAGGGCUAGAUUGGGGCCAAUGAUGAUAUUCUUGUUCAUCUGGAUGACAGUGGUCUAUUCGCCUAUCGCUUACUGGACUUGGGGUGGAAACGGUUGGUUAUUCGACCUUGGUGCUCUUGACUUUGCCGGUGGUGGUCCAGUCCACAUGACUUCUGGUGCCGGUGCUCUUGCCUACGCUUUGAUCUUGGGUAAGAGAAACGAUCCAGUUGCCGAUGGUAAGCUUCCGAAGUACAAGCCUCAUUCGGUUACGUCUGUUGUUUUAGGGACUGUGUUCUUGUGGUUCGGUUGGUUUGGGUUCAACGGUGGUUCCACCGGUAACUCCUCUAUCAGAUCUUGGUACGCUUGUGUCAACACCAAUUUGGCCGCCUCCUGUGGUGCCUUAACUUGGAUGUUUGUUGAUUACUUCCGCUGUGGGCGUAAGUGGACUACUGUUGGUCUCUGUACUGGUGCAAUUGCUGGCCUUGUGGGUAUUACCCCGGCGGCUGGGUUCGUGCCAGUCUAUACCGCCGUUCCAAUCGGCUGUGUGACUGCGUUUGUCUGUAACUAUGCCGUCGACUUGAAGAAUGUUUUGAACAUUGAUGAUGGUAUGGAUGUGUUCUCACUUCACGGAGUGGGUGGUUUUGUGGGUAGUGUUAUGACUGGUCUCUUUGCUGCUGAUUACGUGGCUGUCACCGACGGUAUCACCGUGAUUAAAGGUGGCUGGAUGACUCACCACUACGUUCAGUUAGGGUAUCAGUUGGCUGCUGCCACUUCUACCUGUCUCUGGGCGUUUUGUGUUACCGCCAUCAUUUUGUUAAUCAUGGACAGAAUUCCAAUGUUGCGUUUGAGAUUAAGACCAGAGGAGGAGGAGAUGGGUACCGAUGCUGCCCAAAUCGGUGAAUUCACCUACGAAGAGGCUGAGAUGUACAUCCCAGAACCUGUUAGAUCCAGAACCGUUCCACAGGAACAAAAAAUCGAUGUCGUGUUGGAUGGGUCUUACGCCACAGAGAAUGCGAGACCUAGUGCCGAGGAUACAGAAAAGGCAUCUCACUAAUAAUUCCUUUCCUCUCUUAAUUUACAUCGUUUAGUAUACAUCUUGUUUAAUCCGUUUCCCAGGCCCUGUGCCUUAAUUCAUUCUUUUUAGCUCUACGUAACCCACGGUUUACUAAUAGUAUUACGGGGCCCCACAUUUAUUUUUUC